GUGAACAUAGAACUUUUAUGCUUUGAUAUUAAUCCAUGUGACUUUAUUUCGUAAAUUGUCUAAAAGCUCAUUUUCACCUAACCUCCAAUAUUAAAAUUCGUCUUGAACUCAAAGACAUGAAGACAAUUCGUAAAUUAAUAUUUCUGGAAUUUUUACAUCGAUAAAGACAAACUGAAACUGACUGGAUUAAAAACAAUACAAUGCCGAGUGACAACAAUUACGAAUAUUAUAAAGUUCUCCAGUGCUCAAGAGACUCUUCCCAGGAUGAGAUAAAACGUGCGUAUCAUAGACUUGCCCUUAUCCACCAUCCGGAUAAAAAUUCAGCGAACAGUGAAAAAUUUUUGGAGAUUGAGGAGGCCUGGAGGAUACUAUCACAACCGAAUUCGAGAAGAAAGUACGACGCAGAGUGCAGACAGGCGGAAUUAGAAUCAGAGAAUAUCCUAAUCCACGAAAGAAUUAGUUUAAAAGAUUUGAAGACAGAAGAUCAAAAACUGAGUUUUCCCUGUCGCUGUGGCAAUAAUUAUCUCAUUAAUAAGGAUGACUUCAACAAUGAUGACGAGACGGUUUAUAUUCCCUGUCAGGAGUGCACGUUCUUCAUAGCUAUCGACAGAUGACAAAAAUUGGUGAUUUAAAGGUGUGACACACCUUCAAAUGGCGAUGACCUAGUACAUAAAUAAUAAGAAUAAUAAUAAUGGAAUAAAACUCGAGUAAACAGCGAGAUUAUAAAAAAUUCAAUGAUUUAUUCAACUAAUGGCAAUUGAACUACAAAAUAAUGAUCAAAUGAAGAAACUGAAUUGAAUGAAAAUGAAAAGAUCUUUAUCGCCAAAAUGCAGCAACAUUUUCUAUUUCUUAUAAAAAAUGAUACAACAGAUAACACAUUAUAGUAAUAUAAACUAUUGAGCAAUAUACAAAUAAAACGCGAUCAUUGGUACACCCACGUGCCAAUAAAAAAGAA